GGGCGCGCCCGCCAGGCACCGGGCCGGUGGACGGAAAAAAAGAGGAAACCGUGGUGCACUCUCUGCGGCGCGCUCCCGGCUGCACUUCGGUCUUGCACUUUACCGUCCCGUCGAGUGAUCCCAAGCAGCCCGCAAGAUGACCAUCAACACAAUGGCUAAAGGAGGCUGGCACCGGGAGCAAAUGGCAUGCUUUCGAAAGAUGGAGAGAGUGAUUGUGGCCAUGCAGGACCCUGACAUGGGCAUGAAGCUGAGAAACCAGAGGCUCCUUAUCACUGUCAUUCCACAUGCCAUGACAGGCCGUGAUAUAAUUGACUGGUUGACCCAGAAUUACAAUAUCUGUGACGAGGAAGCGCUGCACGUUGGUGGCAUGCUGGUGAGAUACGGCUAUGUUUACCCUCUCAAGGAGCCAAGAUCUCUUGUGUUACGGCCUGAUGAGUCGCCCUACCGCUUCCAGACUCCUUACUUCUGGACUAGUACCCGCUGGCCUGCCUCAGAGCUGGACUAUGCAGUCUAUUUGGCUAAAAAGAACAUAAGAAAACAAGGAGAACUCAUGGAAUAUGAAAAGGAGAGGUACAGUCUGUUGCACAAGAGGAUCAACCACACCUGGGACUUUGUGGUGAUGCAAGCCAGAGAGCAACUCAGAGCUUCCAAACAGAGGCGGAAGGCUGACCGCAUUGUUCUAGAAUGUCAGGAGCAGGCUUACUGGCUCAUCAACAGACCCCCGCCUGGGGCACAUAAUGUGUUGGACAUGGGUCUAGAGAGACCAAAUAACUUCAGCUCACGAGUUACACUGAACAGUGACUACUACAAAAGUGAGAUUGAAACCUGUAGAAGGGCCCUUGGACGAAACCGUAUAAAGUCAUCCAUCUGCCUAGAAGGUUUUGUGAAAUACAGCGAGCAGUACCUGAACCACGAUCCCAUUAUGCAAGGCUGCCUUCCAAGUAACCCCUGGAUCUCUGAUGACACCGCACAUUGGACAAUGAAUACAGAAAUGGUGCCCACACCCACACGUCUUCGGGUGGAGCGUUGGAGCUUCAGCUUCAUGGAGCUUCUCAAUGACAACAUGGGGAGGAGGGAGUUCAUGACCUACCUGGAGAAAGAGUUUAGUGCGGAGAACCUGUGUUUCUGGCAAGCCUGUGAGGAUAUUAGACAUGGAGAAAGUUCUAGGAUCAUAGAGAAAGUGGAAGAGAUCUACAAAAAUUUCCUGGCUCCUGGAGCUGCCCGUUGGGUCAACAUCGACAGUAAGACGAUGGAUAAAACUCUAGAGGGGAUCAGACACCCACAUCGUUUUGUCAUGGACGACGCACAAAUGCAUAUCUACUUUCUCAUGAAGAAGGACUCUUACCCAAGAUAUCUUAAGUCUGACUUAUACAAGAACAUGCUGGCCAAAGCUAUUGUCCCCCAGGAGACAAAGAAAAGAGUUUUCCCCUUCAUGAGACGCCAGCGGCACUCUAGCCCCUCCCCCGCUCAGACUGUCACCCAGGCGACGGUGGAAGACGGGCACGCAGGUACCAACUCUGCAGCCGGCUCCAAAGUCUGAUGCUGGGCCAAAAAACGUGUCAGACUCAGUCGCCUCAAGUCUCCAUUGUCUCCGUUGGGUACCAUAGCAACCACCCAAGGAGUUCUCCUCCGCCUUUUUUUUCAAGUCAAACUGUCUGUGUGAAUGCCAGAGCUAUUCUUUUACCACUGCAACAUUACCAGAGCUCGGAUUUCAACGUUAGAACUUCCUCUCAGAGCACAGGUGUUAAUGCAUACCUCAGCAGCAUCACAUCAUAUUCCCAGAGCACGAGCAGUAAACAGCAGAGAAAAGAGCAUUUAGUGCUCCUGUUACAGCCUUUACUGCUGCGUAGUCAUCCUGCAUCUACAUCCCAUCUCAGUCCAAAAAGUCUGUCCUGUUGUUCUUGAUAUUUACUCCUAAUACAGUCUUCCUUUCUCCUUCAGUAGCUUUUAUAUAGAAUCAACUGUCUCUUAUAAGCAGGUUUAGGCUAAAGGGUAUUUUAUAGAGCAAUAGAGAUAACAGAAAAUAUGUAUUUAAUCAAAAAUUUGCCUCAGCAUGUCUGUGAUUAUCAUACAGUUUGCGUCAUUCCAUGCCGGAGCUUCACAUUGUGAUGGUAGCUGCUGUUAUUUUUGCUCGAGCAUGUUUUCAUCCCAAUAAAAUGUCACAACAGCA